AGUAAACAGAAACUUGCAGGCGUCCCCUCCACUCCCUUAGAAGCCAGGCAGGCAUCGGACCCCCGCGUAAUUAAUUUGAAUCUUCGAGGGCCACGAGACUUGCACAGACUUGGAAUCAGUCGAGAUGUGAGUAGGAGGUGGCCUCCUGCAGCUACGGCAGGGGAGUGUCCGUGCAGCGCGGUGACACGAAGGGCCAGCGCGGCAUCCGGGGGCGCAGGGCCGGGGCUGGAGGCUUCCGGGAACCCUGGUCCCUCGGCCGCUGCACCCUGACACCCGCCAGAUAAGCUCUAUCGCAGCGGCCAGAGCUGGGGACAGCCGGAUACAGGGGCCACCGAGUGCAUUCCCAGAACCAGCACUCGCGGUGGCCAGUCGGCCGCGGGGAGCUCCGCCCGCCCGCACACAGUGACAGCCAGCCGGCGCAGGACCGAGGGGAGCUCGGUCCGGGAGGUUUAGACCCGCUCCACGGUGACAGCCAUGUCUGUGAGGUUGCACUUCCUGUCUCCGGGGGAUGCCGGGGCUGUGGGGACUGUGGGCCGCAGCGCCUCCUUCGCUGGCUUCGGCGUGCAAACCCGGAGGGUCUCAAAGUCCAUCAACAGGAACUCUGUGAGGUCACGGCUGCCCGCCAAGUCCUCCAAGGCUUACGGUACACUGCGCAAGGGCUCGCUCUGUCUGGACCCCCGGCCGCAGCAGGUGAAGAAGAUCUUUGAUGCUUUGAAGAGAGGCCUCAGGGAACACCUGUGUGAGCAGCAGGCUGAGCUGGAUUACCUGUGCGGACGCCACACAGACUCUCAGAGGAGCUCCAGGCUGGCUUUCUACUAUGACCUGGACAAGCAAACACGCUUGGUAGAGAGACACAUCCGGAAGGUGGAGUUCCACAUCAGUAAGGUGGAUGAGCUCUAUGAAGGAUAUUGUAUCCAGUGGCGUCUGCGAGAUGGUGCCUCCAAUAUGCAGCGUGCCUUCAGCAACGGCACCCAGAGCCGCGCCUCCCGGGAGAGCCUGCAGGAGCUGGGUCGCAGCUUACAGGAGUGCAUGGAGGACAUGUGUCUCAUAGAGGGGGCCUUGGAAGUUCACCUGGGCGAGUUCCAUGUCAAGAUGAAAGGCUUGGUGGGCUAUGCACGCCUCUGUCCCGGAGACCAGUAUGAGGUGCUCAUGCGCCUGGGCCGUCAGCGGUGGCGGCUGAAGGGCCGGAUAGAGCCAGAUGACAGCCAGACCUGGGAUGAGGAGGAGAAGGGCUUUGUGCCCACGGUGCAUGAGAACCUGGAGAUCAAGGUGACUGAGCUCCGAGGCCUGAGCUCAGUGGUGGUGGGUGCUGUGACAUGUGACAUCGCCGACUUCUUCACAGCGAGGCCCCAGCUUGUGGUGGUGGACAUCACUGAGUUGGGCACCAUCAAGCUGCAGCUGGAGCUGCUGUGGAACCCCUUGGACUCUGAGUGCAGGCUGGUGUCGCCCAGCCCCACUGGCAGGUUCUCCAUAGGCAGCAGGAAGGGCUCCCUGUACACCUGGACACCACCUAGCACCCCCAGCUUCCGGGACAAAUACUAUCUGUCUGCCCUCCAGCAGCCAGUGCAGCAGGCCUUGCUGCUGGAUGGGCCCAGGGCCACCUCCAUCCUCGGCUACCUGUCUGACAGUGAGCUCCAGGGUCCCCGCCUGCGGAGCCGGAGCCAGGAGCUACUGGAGAUGGACUCCUUCAGCUCUGAGGACCCCAGAGAUACCGAGACCAGCACGUCGGCAUCCACCUCAGAUGUGGGGUUCCUGACCGUGCCUGUGGGACCCACGGCUUCCAUAGAAGAGGGGACUAGGGAGGAGCCCCCACCCCUGGGCCUGCUGCCCAGCCUGGCUCACCCAGCUGGGGCUGUGCUUGCAGAACAGCCUGGCUGGAGGGACUUGGGAGGAGAGAGGGGGGCCCUGCUACAAGAUGUCCCGGUCCAGAGCCCCACGAUGCCACAGAACCGGAAGGGCCAGGAGGAGGAAGAUGAGGGGGACGGAGUGGAGAGGCCUGUGCAGGAGGUCCUGGAUCUGCUGCGGUCUGCUGACCCCACACAGCCCCAGCUCCGGGAGCUGGAGUACCAAGUCCUUGGCCUCAGGGACCGGCUGAAGCCCCGAGGGGUGCAGCUGGAGCCCGCGUCAGUGCAGAGCCUGAUGGACUGUAUCCUUGAGAGCUUUGCCUUUCUUAACGCCGACCUCGCCAGCGACGAGCUGUCCCUGUUUGGGGGCUCUCAGGCUCCUGAGAGGGACAGCCCCCCGCCCCCUCAGCCAUCACUGAAGGUGUCACCCAGCGAGCUCACUGCUGGAGCCCCUGAGCUGGACACGUUGCUCACUGCCCACCUUCGAGUCUGCAAGGCCUUGCUUCAGAAGCUGGCCACCCCUAAUCUGUCGAGGAUGGUCCAGGACUGCCUCCUAGAGGAAGCAGAGCAACAAAGGCAGGUUCUGGAAGUGCUUUCCGACCUUGACUUUGAGCAGGUCAGCAAGGCCAGGUCGGUUGAAGAGAUCAUCCCACAGGUUCCUCACAGGAAGGGUGGCCUGGCACUGUGGCGAGGCUGCACACAGCCUGGAGGAGUCCUGGCUUGCCCUGCCUCCACACUCCUCAGCCAGCUCAAGAAGAUGUUCCUGCAUCGAGUCCGAGGGAAGUACCCAGGCCAGCUGGAAAUAGUGUGUCGCAGGCUCCUGGAGCAGGUGGUCGGCUGUGGUGGGCUCUUGGCCACAGCAGGGCUCCAGGAAGAGCAGAUGGUCACCUGGUUCCAGUUCCACAGCUAUCUGCAGCGGCAGAGUGUCUCUGACCUAGAGAAACACCUCACCCAGCUCUCCAAGGAAGUUACUCUCAUCGAGGAGUUGCAGUGUGCAGGCCCAGCCAAGGCCCUGAGGAAGCUGCACGGGAAACGUCUGGGCCAGCUGCAGCCCCUGCCCCAGACUCUCCAAGCUUGGGCAUUGCUGCAGCUGGAUGGACCCCCGAGGGUGUGCAGGGCUGCCAGAGCACGCCUGGCCAGCGCGGCCAGGAACAGGCGCUUCCGGGAGAAGGCUCUGCUGUACUACACCAACGCCUUAAACGACAGUGAUGCCAAGCUCCAGCAGGCGGCGUGCAUGGCGCUGCAGCAGCUUGGGGGUAGCGAGAGUGUUGAGCAGAUCGCCAGUCUGUGUGGGUCUGACCUGGAGGCCGUGCGAGCGGCAGCGCGGGAGGCAACGUUGUCGUUUGGUGAGAAAGGCCGCCUAGCUUUUGAGAAGAUGGACAAACUCCAGUCAGAACAAGACAUCUACCAGGAAGCAGAUGUUGAAAUCACAAUUUUCUAAGAAGCUAUGGCACGGCCAGUGAGCUCCAAUACAGCACCUCUCUUCCUCGAAGCUGCCCAGCUUCCAUAGUGCCCACGUCUUGGGUGGAGCACCCUAGGCACUCCCUCACAAGUAUGAGCUGCUCAGGAUGGCUGCCUGAGACUUGACUCAGUACCCAGCCCAAGGGCACAGUGGUGUACUCAGAGCAGGAAGAAGUGGCGUGUGUGGCCUCCCCCAAAUGCUGCUUUUGCCUGUUGUGCCUUCCUGGGGUGCAGUGUCAGGGGUAGCUAGCACUGGCUGAGACCAAGGGUCUAAGACAAAGUGAGGUUCGAAACAGACACAUUUGGAAUGUGAGUUCCCCACACACGCUGAACUGAGGCAGAACGGGUCUGAUAAACAUGGGCUGAGACCGAUAGCCGGUGGCGGGCCCACUUCUGACACAUGACAACCUGUGGCCAUUAGAUGAAUUGCUUCAAAAGCCAGAGCUGAGGUGAAGUCCACUGAGGUAGCUAUGGAGGCACACGAAGUGUUUCCACCGCAGUAGGAAACCAUUCAAAACCAUGCGUCUGAGAUGUCCACAAGGAGUGGGGUGACUCUCGGGGCUGACUUAAGACGCAGCAGUUAGAGUCAUGUGGACGUGUGUGCUGACUUAUCUUGGUUAUUUAUUUGCCUCAUUCAUGUCCAUUUUCUGAAAUCUCAAUUAAAAACUGCUCAAGUACA